AUGGCGCUGCUACUGUAUCUGUUGGAGUAUCUCCUACAAAAACUCGGAGUUAAAAAGUACAUUAGGGGCGUGAAGCAUAUGUGCAUGAACAGCAUUAAGCAUUUCAUGUGGGAAGAGUUAGAACUUACGCCCUUCACACUAAGCCUCCCUAACGAUCUCGUGAGAAGCACAGAGAAGAACGUUUUUUUAAAGAGGCCGAAGCGACACCAUAAAGAGAAGGGAGCGUUCGGUGCUUACUUGGCUUACCUAGAUACACUAACGGAAAGGAAACACCAACUUAGCUUUCACAUUUUUUACGUCGGCAGAGUGGAUGUUGACUGGGGGAUCCUCCCCUCCAGCAGGGGCGGGGGACGAAGUGUCGAUGGAAGAAGUGGCGGUGUGCGCGAUGCAGGUUUGUACAGUGGCCUGACUGUACAGGUGGAAAACGUCUUCGUGAGUGUGAAGUUGGAGGAGGAGGGCGCCCAGGAGAGGGAGCCAGAGAAGGGGCAAGGGGUCAACAAGAUGUGCGACACGGUGGAGGGCAACAUCUGCAAAGUUAAAGGCGAUGGUGAAGGUAAAGGAAGUGAGGACGGGAGCGAAGUGGCGGAGAUCAGUAGGAGCUUCCCCGUCGUCGCUCUGCUCAUCGCCAUUGUUUACCUCAACGUGGUGACAACGAAGCUGUACACCCUGGCCUGCUCCCUCCUCAAGUACAUCGCGCAUAACAUUAUAAAACGGAGCUUCCUCCGCAUCUUCAAAGAAAUCGUGUCCAAGCUAGCCAUGCAAUACAUCCUCUGCCUUGACGUAAAAAACAUUAAUAUAAUUUUCGAGGAUACAUUAUCAAAUGGGAAAAAAAAAAUAUUCCUUUCUGUUCACAUGAAUGAAGUUCAUGCGGACAAUUGUAGCUUCAUCAGGAGCAGAGAGCGAGAAGAAAGACACAUGAUGGGUGUGCAAAUGAAUAGAAGCCUUAUCACAAAUGGAACGAAUAUUAUUUAUAGCGAUGGGGACACCCUGAACAGAAAUGAAUUAGAAGAUUUAUUCAAAGUUACUAUAGGACAACUCAGUGUAUACCAGGAUGGAAGGAGUCAACACAUUAGUAGGAGUGAUAUAAGUGAGGACAAAUUUAAGUACAAGUUUUUUUUCUUUUAUAAUGUGAAGGUAACACAUAAGAGGGAGUGCCUGUUGAAGGAGACCACCCUUCUCUGUGACGUGUUGAAGGAUAGGAGUAACCAGAGGUAUCUCCUCAGCGUCGCCACCCCGAGCAUUCACAUCUCCCUUUCAAAUGAUAGGCUGUACACCUUGUAUUUGUUUUUGUAUAAGUACGUUUGCAUUGCGAGGGGGGAUGGUGCUCAGAUGGAGGGGGGGCCAAAGCAGGGGAGGCGGCAACCUCACCGUGGACAACCCCACAGGAGGAACGUCACCUCGGUGCAGGACAGCUUGCAUCGAACAGGAAGAAUGUGCGACACCGGAGGAAUGAAACUGCUGCUCGAGCUCAACUUUCACAUGGAAGAAUUCAACGUGGAUUAUUGGUACGGCAGGGGGAAUGACUCCCUUUGCUGCUGCUGCAAAAAUGUUGACCUCUUUUUUGCCUUGAAGGGGGGGACUUGUGGUCCAGCGAAGUGUUCGCGCACAAGGCAGGACGGGUCGGUGAAAAAUCGCGCGCUGCACAAUUUUACCUUCUCGCUGGAUUCAUUUUCCAUCACAGAAUCCUACUCGAGUUUGUCCCUUAUCGUGAGUAAAGUCAAGGAGGAGCUGCUUCGCUUCAACACAAAAAAAAGUUAUGCGUUCAAAAAGGUCAUGUAUAACGACCUGCUAGACGCCACGUGUGCAGAGUACGCCAGUGUGACCUCCGCUCUCGCUGGCAGGUAUGGCUUUAGUGCGCCGUCUAAGGGGAAGAACAAACACUGCCUCAUCGCACAGGUGAAUAGGAAGUGCGAACGAGGGGGGAGUAGGUCAAGCGAGUACCUGAUAGGUCUCAACAUUGAGUGCGUUAGUCUGGUAAUCAGUCGUGUGGAUAGGUUCUGCGUGCUUGUGGGCGCGCUGCUGGAGCGGGACCUGUUCAUCUUGCAUCACCAUUUGGGUGUGACCAGUGGGACGAAGCGAGUUCAAGACAGCAGCAUUGGGGGGGAAACCCACCCAUCGCUGGUUCAAAUAAGCACGCAAAUUAAUCGAAUCAAAGUGGAACUAACGAAGCUGCGUGCCCCCACCAUGAUCCUUUGCCUAGACCACACCCUCCUACACUUCACAAAUAAAAACAUCACGCAUGUAAAGAAAAAGGCAGUGCGGAAGUUUCGAACAAGUCCCAAUUUUCUCCUAGCGAAAAAAUUAAAAAAAAAAGUGAAAGCGAUUAACAACCACGUCAACAUAAAUUACAAAAUAGCAAAUAUAUACACUUAUAUAAAGUACGAUAGAAGUACACAUGUGUUGGUUUUUCCAUUUGCUUUAUUCUUCACCCUGGACAGGACCACAAUGUACAGAGUACGCAUUUCCAUUAUUUCGUUAGUGGUGGAGCUAAACAGCAAGGUCCUGAAUUUGUUAAGAAAAUUAUUUUGUGGCAGCGAGGAAUGUUCUGAGGAGAGGGGGAGCCACAGUAGGACGAGCGGAUCAGGGUAUUUCACAUCGGAGGAGGUCCCAUGGGGGAAAGUCCAACUGAAGAAAACUCAGCUGUGUUACCCUGACGGAAGAAAAAAAAGGGAAGACAUACCAACCAUGGUGAUUAACCAUGUAAAGGAUAACGUGGUGUCGAUUGAAGAAGAGCUGAACUUUCUCUUCGGGGCUCUAGAAGUCUUUUACGAUAAUGACCAAGUGGCGCAUGAGAAGGAUGAGGAAGAUUAUUAUGUUAGCUCCUCCUUCAGCAUUACAUAUGUAUUAAGUUUUUUUAUUAACAUGCAGGUAAAAUUUUCCUGUCGUCAUGUAAACCUCUUUUUCUUCCUAUGCAAGGAAAAUACACCAAAUACAAAAAAGCUAAAGAAGAAAAAAAUAUCAAAUGUUAUAAUUUUUUUACAAUCGGAUCAAGUGAGGUCAAACCGAUGGGACAAGGCAAAAGGGACAGAGAGGUACAUGGAAGCAUUCCACUUUAAGUUCAUAUCGGAGAGGACCAUUUUUCAUUUUUUCGCCACGAAGAAAAAAAAUGCUUACCUCCUUAAGAACAAAUUAUACAUAUACGAUUUUGCUUCAUUUUGUGAUUUUAAUAUUCGUUCCGUUCCCCUACAUUUUGAGUCACUGAGGGGGGUGCGGGUGUAUUCUCUUGCUGACCUCGGGGGGGAAAGGAACAUUAUAAGGCUGAGGCCAUGUGAUGGGUGCAUCCCGGGUAACGUUAGAGAGAAGGUAGUAGGAAGGGGAGGAUGUUAUAGUAGAGGGGCUCACCCGAAUUGUCCCUCCUAUGCGCUCACCCUGAGACACCAAUUCCAGCUGACCAACUCGGGGGAGCUCAAAAGACAAGGCGUGAAGAACAAGCAUGUAAUUGCAUGCUACCUGGAGAGGCUGGACCUGUACGUACAUGACUUCUUCUUGAACAUGGCAUAUUACGCGUACUUGCAUUUGUGGCAAGUGCAAAGGGGGGAAGUGGAUCAUGCAGGAAGGACCAAUCAUUUUAUAAAAAGCCCGCUUAGAAAUGUCUUCCCGUCUGAAGCACACCUUUUGCAUCUGCGAAGGAACAACAACACGUUUUACACAUCUGUUAUGAAGAAAAUGUUAAGACUAGUCUUUUAUUUCAUUGCGAAGAGAAUUACCUGCUCGUUUCUUUUUAUGAACAAGGGGGACAUGGUCGGGGAGCAGCGACUCUCCUCCCUCGGUGCAGCGAGCAAGCAUUUUAAGGUCGAGACAAAUUGCCUUGUCGUGAAGAUGAGGAGUAACCUUGUGAGCGUCCAAGCGGUGAAGGAAGUGGCAGGAGUGGCCGAAGCAGCGGGCGCGGGGGAAGUACCCCACGUGGGCGCCUCCCCCAGAGGAAAGGCCCACCAACUGCCUCCCAUACAAAGAGACCGUGGAAAAAGGGCACAUGAAAGGAGAACACGAAGACUCCAACACAAAUGCGCCACGCGCAGUAGACGCCAUUUCUACGUGUGUAAAUUGGCCUUCCAUAUGUUUGUAAAGGAAACCUCUGUAAUGAGGUACAUCGUGGAGGGGCAGGGAGUGAAGAACAAGGGGAAGCCUCCUCUUUCCAGCGCAGUCCCCUCCAUUGGUCCAUACCACCACUCACCGCAACGCAGCCUACCUUCAAGAGAGGCAUCGACAGGGGUGGUGAACACCCAGCAGGAAUAUAGCGAACACUGGCAGAACGUUACCCAGGCAAGAACGAAGACACGAAAGAGAAGGAACGUGUUUAUAAAAAUGGAGAGAAUAAAUUUGAUCCUCUCGGACCUACUCAACAUGGUCAUUCAUUUGAACAGCCACAGGGUGCGAAUAUCUUCAGAUGUGAGUGUGUUGGAUUCAUUAAAAUGGUACAUGGAAGCAAUUAAGGACAGUUUCCAGAACCCAUUUUUUAGAACCCAUUUUCCGCUUAAUAGAUGCACGAGUGAUAGAAGUGCAUCUGAAGAGGUGAGAGAUUUUAUAAAAAGAAGGAACAAGUAUGCACAUGGAGGGAUGAUAGCCAUGGGUGGACUCAAUGCAGGAGAGGUCUACCCGAUGGAUCAUAAUGGAAAAAAGAACAUAACCGUGUGCUACAAACACAUUGGGACACUGCUUCAAGUGAGAAAGGUACACAUUUGUGUAAAUAGGGUCACCUGGAGCUGCACCUAUUUUGUAUGUCCACUUGCGGAGGAAGGGAAGACCAAAGGUACAGGUGCUGACUGUUCAGGGGAAGUCACCAACAAAGCGAAAAACAAGAAGAUGAGGGGGAAGAAGAAGGAAAAACUGUUAUUGAAAAUAAAAAAGGGAACAUUUGUUUUUUCUCGUACUUGUAAAGGAACGACUUACAGCAGACAGGUUGUACAACUGUGUUGUCUCGUGAAAAGUACACUUUGUGACGUCCAUUUGUUUGUGAAAGGGUUGGAGGAUGGGAAGAGGUUUCUCAUUCUUCAGUCCAAUUAUCUUCAUCUGGGCAAUCAACUGCGGUUUCAGCUCCCCGCCACGAAGGUCCUUAGGAGAAGUGUACAUAUGGUUAAGCGGAUUAGAAGCAGGGUGGGUAGAAGUAAAUGGAACAGAACCUAUGAACCACUCAACUGUGCUCAGCGAACGCGUCACCCAUUUCUACCUUUGCUCUAUCCUUCCAUAACGUGUGCGAUGCGCAGAAGGAAAGUUCGUCUCCUCUUUAAGAUGUUGAGAUGCUUGAAGAGGAAAAUAAAAACCCGCAAGGGGGGUGAUGCGUCCUGGUCUUUGCAAAUGCAGGGGGGACGCGAACCGCACCUAGUGAAUGUCAAAACGGUACUAAAAUCGUACAGCAGUAGGGGAGAAAAGGGUGGCGAUGGACGAGUCGGAUGUAACUGCUCCUUCAAUGUCCUCCUGAACGAGCGAUAUGUUGUCUCGUUAGUUAAUUUGUACGCGUGCGUAGUGGAGAUGGGCGCCAAGGCGCAGCGCCUCCUGCGCAGGUACGGCUUGGGUGGAAGUGGGGCUGGAAGUGGCGACGGGACUGCCUUCCCACACGACAGCCGUGGUGAAAGUCGACGUGAUGAACGAACGUGGUCCAAGGUGCAAGGAAAGCAACUCGCGCCAAUCAUCCGCAGAGUACAUGCCAAACACAGGGUGAAGAAGAUGCGCUCCGCAGGACGGGCGGCUGGAGUCCGCUUGCAUAGCAGAGUAGGGAUGAACCCACGAAAUAGCCCCUUUGUGGGGGCGAAGAAGGCAACGCAGAACAGGGGAAUCCGCUUGGCUGGCACAGGAGUGAGCAAAUGGGUCAAUCAUAGGAGCGUUCACCUGUCGCAGCAGCGGAAUGGCUACUCCCCCCAACUUACCCUUAUGGAUGCGCUGCUCAAAUGCGUGAGUUUUAAACUAAAGAAUGUUUUCUUCCUUUUCCACACGGACAGAGAGAACGCCUUCCUGGGGACGUAUGUAGGUGUCCUCAAGGGGGAGCUCACAAGUAAGGGGAGCAGAACAAACAAACAAAAGACGAUGCAAAAUUUUAGGUACCUACACGAGUUGAAAGAACUGCUCCUAUUCAGCAGCAACGACUAUUUUGAUGCGAAGGGGAAGGUGUACCUAUUUGAAAUGUUUAACACUUUAUCGAGGCGAAAUUACCAAAAUUGUAUGAACAUGUUCAUAUUUUUUUUAAAAAAAAUAAAAAUAAAUUUUCAAGUGCGUAAUUUGAACAGGAAGAGGAGAAAGUACAUUGAGGGGGUGGGUGCGAUUGGGCAGAAAUGCAACAAGGGGGUGUUUCUCAUCAGGAGAAAGCUUCCAACUAAAGAGAGAAACGUUGUGGACCAGGUAAAGGAAACACAAACCUUGUUAAGCAAACGGGAAGGUAGCGUUCUUAUGAGGAAUGAUGAGAUGGACAUUAAAGUGUUAGAACAAAGACAGGAGAGAAAGGAGGAAGAAGCAAGUGUGCCACGUCGAAUGGGAAGGAAAGGAGUACAUAGAGGGAGAACGAAACGAUGUACUCCUCCCCCAACUGAAGUGGCCACCGUUUUGAAGAGAGCAGUUUCAAACAGGAAGCAGCUACUUAAGGAGUACAUCACGAAUAUUACUCAUUAUGAAACGAAGUAUACACAAGUGGAGAGGAAGAAUACGGUCCUAUUUUUGAAUAGACGUGCAGAUGUAGGUGUUGAAAGCACAGUUGGUUGUAUGUGGCGUGCAUUGGAGGUGAUAGAAGGGAGAGCCAAGAUGAUCGCCAGGAGGAAAGAGAUUAACCAAAGUGAAAAAAUGAGUGUGCAUGUGAAAUGCGCUGUGAAAGGAAACCCUGCACUUAACCUAACAAUAAAACACACGUACAAAGAUGUUUGUUUCUUCCUCCCUAUGAACAGCCUUGUCCAGUGGCACAAAAUUGUGAGCACUUCUAAAAUGUGGAGAGCAUUUCAGUUUUUAUCACUUGCAAGAUCCACACAAACGAAACAACAUGUUGAAGGAACAGAGGGAAGGAAAAAAAAAAAAAAAAAUUUUUUUCUUUCAUAUCACUUUAAAAUAUUUUUUGCAAAUUUGAAUGUUCAUUUGUUGUCUACGUGUACCUACCUCAUGGAUGAUGUUAAAGAGAGUGGAGAGGACAUCCUAUACGAUAUGAGUCUCGUGAAGGAAAAACAAAAGAAAACGAGACGUGCUUACACCAGUGGACGCACCGACAGUGGUGAUAAAAGAAAAGCAAGCAGAACUAAGCAUGAGAGGGAAGGCAAUCACAAAGUGUUUGGUCAGGAAAGGACAAAGGAGUUGCAUAGACGCAAGAGGGGAGAAGACUUUUUCACUGUGACACAGAAACGAAAUAAAGGGAAGGAAGAGUAUGUGUAUGUGAACACCCCCGAGGUGAAGAACCAUCCAUCCUAUGUAGGCCAUGAACGAGAAGUAGAACGGAAAAAUAUUUACUUGGCGCUGCCAGGGAGGGGAAUGCAGCCAUGGAAGGGAAUGAAGAGCACGAAGGGAAUGAAGGGCACGAAGAGAACGAAGGAAACGAGGGAAACAACAAACAAAGGAACCCUCGUGGACGUAAACAAAACGCACUUUAACAUAAUUAUGCAGCACCUCAGAGUUAAGUGCGGCCUCCUGCACGCCCCCCUAACAACUCAUACCGCGAUAAAUAUAAUGCGGGUGGAACAGGUAGGCGUCUCAUCGAACCAGGCAAAGCACCACAAGGUGUACUUGAGCUUGCUGGGCGUCCGGAAAUUUUAUUUGCGGCGUUGUAGGGGAAUGUCAACCGAGUAUAUGCAGAGGCCGGUAAACGGGGGGGGUACAAAUGCGAAGCAGCACGGCGCUCAUGUUGCUAACGAUGAUGAACAGAGAAGAGGCAGCACUUCGCUGCAGGACGAGGAUGAACCGCACAUUAGUGUGAUCCCCCUACGAGAGUUCUGCUUGUACAACCUCGUGGAGUUCAUCAACAUCCUGUGCUUCUACACGAGAGUCAACUACGUGCUUAAUCGAGGAGAGUCCUUACGCAUGAAGUCCGGGCACAAGGGCAGCAAGAAAUUCCCCCCAAUUUUUUUCACACCCAGUUUUGGAGCCCUGAAUGAGAAUCACUUAUCACAAGAGGGAAGAACAACAGAGGAAGAGAGAAGCAGAACGUUCAGGCAAAAUGGUUACUUUUCCUUCCCCUCAAAGAGGAACAGUACCGAGCGGGGCAUGACUACCCCCCCCCUCAGUAGUAACUCCUUUUCUAAUUACGCGCUAUUAUCAAGCAAGGGCAACGGGUAUGGGGACAGGGGGAGGAGGAAUGCCUUAUUGUGGGUAGGAAGCGGCGUGAGACACGCGCCUGGCCGCGCGAACGAAGCGAUGAACACUGGUCGCGUGCACGAAGCGAUUAACACUAGGCGCAACAAUGGCCAGAACAAGAUGACCAGCGGAGGGAUCACCCCUCAGGUUGGGGAUACCCACUUAAAGAAUUCCAAAAGUGAUUCGAACGAGAGGAAAAUUGCUACCCACACAAAAGUGCUGGUGACGAAAAAUUGUGCAAGCAUCAUUGUGAGCAGAAUGUCUGUGGGCCUGAACAACAACGACUUGCUGAUAUUGAAAUUUCUUUUGGAGGAUGUGGAGUAUUUGGGGAGGCAGAGGCGAGAGGGGAAGGUGUACACGUGCAGGUACAGCUACCGGGGGGUGGUCAUCUCUUCCAAGUUCCGCAAGGGAAGGUGUAGCAGAAGGGGGGCCACCACGGAUGGUACGAAGCGUGGUAGCAAGAGCGGCGUGAAGGCGCUGAACAAGCCCCUGAGCAAGCCCAUCACACGAACCACAAACAAGGUCCACAUCAACGUGGACAUGAUGAAGGUGUCGUUCCUAACGCUGGGGUACCUGCACGAAUUAUUCUCCAUAAACAGUAUGAACAACCAACUGACCCUGACAAGCACAUGGCGAAAAAGGAAACUCAAAAAAACACAAGUGGCUCUAAACAUGAAGCAAAUGAAUGCACUCUGCCUAGACAUAAUUCAUUUAAAAAAUUUCCUUUUUAAAAAUUCGAGGAAAAUUCCUUUUGUACAUUCAUUCGAUCUUGCAGUACAUUACAAUAUGGAUGAGAGAAAAAAAAAAAAACUUUGGAUCUACAUAAAAAACGACGUACACAUUUAUAUGGGGAGAGGAAUAGUAAAUUUCCUUUUCUUGUUCAAACAACAUUUUAUUCAUUCUCACUUGUCUUACCAUGAGUGUGUACUAUGCAGUCAGGUGAGUAAUGAAAAGAUCAGGACCAUCAGAGAUGUGCGCAAUUUCGUUUCCUUCCAGAAUAAAUUUCACAAGGAGUUCAUAAUUAUAAAAAAUUACACGCCUUACGAUUUGCUCUACCAAUAUGAAGACAACGUGGGGUUGGUGAAAAGGAAUGAAGACAGCGUCAUUGUUUGUGCGAAUUUAUUUUUCCUCCUCAUUUAUAGUGUUGAGGAUACUAGCCUGAGAAAAAAAAUUUUUCUUAAGGGAAGAAAUUACCUUUCAGGAGGGAGUCCCCAUAAUGCUAAUCAGUAUGGACCCCACUUUGGAAAAGCCUACAGACACCCAAACGACGCACAGCAGGACCCACACCAUAAGAAAACACUUAGUGCAAAAAACUACCUGCACAUAGAUGUGGGUAUACAUGAUAAUAAAAAGUGCAUAUACAUUUAUCCUUAUUUUUUUGUGAACAUUUUGUUCGAUGAGUACCUCAAGCGAGACACCACCACGAGGAUGAUUGUUGGUGAAUCCACUGUGGCCAAGAACGACCCCUCAAGUUUAAAGUUUAUUAAGGCUAACACCAUUAAUACGUGUGUGGUGAAGGACAACCAGACUGCCUUUAGUGUUCCCUUUCAUUUUAUGAAGCAGUGUGAAUUCAUGCAGCUCGUUGUGAAGAUGCACAAUGAUAAGCUUUAUGUGAGUAACAAAAUGAAGUAUUCUCAGUUUUUAAAACUCAGGAGGUAUGUCUUUAGGGAUAUUCACGACAGCGUCCACGUGCUCUACUGCAGCUUUUUCUUUUUGGUGAAGAAGCGCGCGCGCGUCGAGAACUCACGCAUGGACACGGCACACGUCGACAACUCACGCAUGGACACGGCACACGUCGACAAGGCACACGUCGACAACUCACGCAUGGACACGGCACACGCCGAUAAGGCGCGCGUGCGGGGGGGUGGCCCAGGGCAGCCCGGCAGUCGAACCGACGCAGAAGACGCCAAGUACUCCAAAAUAUUCAGCGUCGUGAGGAUGGUAAAAAAAAACGUACAUGUAUUUUCAAUUCAAAACUGCAUGAAGAUAAUUAACCUCACUCCAUUCAACAUCAACGUGCUGUUAAAGAGAGAAAAGGGGAGCAUCAAAACGUAUAGCUUACGUAGUUUCGACUAUGUAAAUGUGUAUCACUUUUGUUUUUUGAACAAUCUGAUACUGAACUUCAGUCUGUCCUUCUACCGCCAGUGGAUAAAAUUUUUGAAGGUAAACAAUGAAGCAUAUUUUGCACGUGCCGAAGUGAAACAGGAUUUGUUCGUGGCUACUAACAGAGGAGAGGUCGUAGUACAAACGAGAACAGCUACCCCAAGUAACGACAGCGAAACAGAAGAACAUGAAAAUGUAAAAGGUCUCCCUCAAAUUGUUUUUUUUGAUUUAGUAAAAUUUCACAACCUCUACUUCGUUGUCUACAUAUACAUGUACGAGCAGGUUUAUAAUAUAACCAUCGUGAGCAAACACAACGUUAUGAAUUACACGAGAAAUGUGUUGCAGUACUACGUGUUGAAUGAUGAGGAGAAUUGCUUGGACGAUCUCAAGUUUCAAUGUGAAGUUAAAAAAUAUAAUGUAAAACAAACGUAUACUGCACUUAAGGAAGAUUUGCUUCUUCUUUCCCCCGUUAUGGGCAGGAGAGUUUUUGCGCUAGAGCAGGAUAUUUUAAAAAUUGAAGAAGAAGAAGAAGAAGAAAAAAAAAAAAAAUAUGAACAGGAAAACAAAAAUGAAAAUAAUAAACACUGUAUUAAAAAUUACUGCUUCAACCAUCGCUUUUCUCUGAACAGUUAUAACAAAACGAUGAGCAACGACUCUGUAUCGUACGAAAUAAAUAAGUCCUACACUAAGGUCAUACAGCUAAACGAGGAAUAUGUAACUGUGCGUGUCCACCAUUUGCACUUUCACUCCUUUGGCAUUUCUUUUAUUCAAUUUUUUCCCUACCUCGUUUUGGUGAACCUCACAAAGUACACCUUCGAGGUCAAGUCCAAGCCGCACGAUGUGCUGGAGAAGGAGCAGCAUGAGCAGCAGCGGCAUCGCGAAGCGCGACACGGGGAGCAGCUCGUCGACUCAAACGAAAGCGACGACCUCAAUUUCAGCGAGCACUCAUGCUUCUCCCCUACCAGCGAAGACGACUCGGAGUUCGACGUCGCAGGAGAAGAAAACAGACCACGUGGGGGAAGCGGACCAGGUGAACAUUACGAACGAAGCAGCUACCUCGGGAAAAUCGCUGCCCUAUUUGAUGAAGAAAAGGUGGACAGUAGACGCCCUGACCGCACCAACCUACUCCACAGCAUGAGCGUGCAGGAGCUAAACAUAAAAAAUAAAAGUGCGUGGGAUUUUAUUAGUCUCAAAAUAAGGCAGCCACAGGAGGAGGGGGGCGGACACCAAGUCACCCUCGACAAGGUUACUCACAACGGGGAGGCACCGGUGGAAGAAACGGAGAAAAAAAUGGAACAGAAGGCGCUGAUCAAAUCCCCAAUGAACCGGCCAGAAGGCGCCAAAAUUAUUAACUACGCACAGGCGCUGAAAGUGUUGACCCGGAAGACGCACGAAAAGAGGGGGAGCCCCCGAGUGGUGAAGACAAAACAUAUAAGGGGCAAGUACAUAAGGAUUCACAAAAAUUGCGCCACCUACUUUUACACGUACAAGUAUGCACAGAUUUACACGAAGAACAGCAACAAACACCUGACGGUGGUAAAGGAGAAGCUGUUUCACAUUUUCACCGUAGAGAAGGACAAAACGUAUUACAUUUUCAUUAAGAGAAUUCCACUCUUGUCGGGGGAGGUAGAUGGGGGGAGCAGUAGACCCAUUGGUGGAAGCCACCCGAGUGAGCAACCAUCAAGGAGAAAAAAAAACAGAUGUGAUAAUAACGAUGGUGGCACAGAUGAAAUGGGGUUCACUUGUGAAGAAGCGGAGGAAGGGGAGGAAGACGGGGAAGAGGACAAAGCAGAGACAAUCAUGAAGGAUGCACCCCAUGUAGAGGAGGAAGCCCCGCUGGGAACACUCCGUUCAGCAGAGUAUGAGCGCUCUCUGCACGAAUACAGCCGCUUAAAAAAAAUGAACAUUGACCUAGUUAUCUUCACGAAGAAAAACACCAUGCAACAAAUUUUUAAAAAAUACAAAGAGCAAAUAAACGAACAGGUGAAUAAAAAAGGCAGAAUACACAUUUAUAACAACUUAGAUGUUCCCUUAUUGAUGAACCCAGCACAAAGUACACACCUCAUUUUUAUACAGAAAAGGUAUGUACACUUCAAGGAUGAAAAAUGUAUUUUUUUUUUCUUCCCUAAAUUUAUUUUAAUGAACAACAAGACGUUACAAUUGUUACUGAAGCUUGGUGAUGAAACUCCACUCACAAAAUAUGAGUCCGUGAGGAACUACUUACACUUGGUGAAGAUACCAGACAUGCAUAAGAAUUUUCAUGUGAUGAAAUUUGCCUUGGUUUGCAACCUCAUUUCGUCUUUUUCCUUUUCCUUUUUCCUGUUCAAGAGGAAGAAGGUUAAGGGUGUUGUUAGUCCCUCCAUUGGAGGAGAAACACAAUUCGUGUACUACGAACUGUACCUUGUGAAAUACCACUGCGAUAUCGUGCUGAAUAAAAAUAACGACGUUAACAUCAUUUUGAAUGGAUCAAGAGAGAGUCAGUUUGUGAAGAACGUUUUCUCCCUUUACUACUGCUUCCAUUUCCUCAAAGGGGAAAAUAAUAUAAUAGGGGGACCACCACCACCAUGUGAAAGAGUGGUGGCGUCAUCUAAGCGAAAUGAUAUGAAUCGUCGCACCGUCCCUGUGAUGGAAAACACAAAAGGGAUUAUCUACAUAAACAACCUAUACGGACUGAGCGAGAAUGAUCUGAUCAAUGUUAAAAUAUUUAUUAAAAGUGUUGAGCUGAUGUUAACCUUUGAGGACGUAUCAUCUAGGGAAGCCAUGACCCUUGUGCACAUGGAUCAGAGAAUUCACUUUAGUAAAAUUUUUUUCAACUUUUACACCUUCCAUUGUCUGAAUAGAAAAGCUCUGACCAGGAGGAAGAGAUGCAUAGGGUUCUGCGACGUGCGCAAGCCCGGGAAGGAGAAGCAGCCGAAGGAACGCCAUCGAUGGGGGGUGCGGCCUCCCCGCCGCAGCGAGUUGAUGGAUGAGAGGCCUUGCCCAAGUCGGGCUAUCGGUGGGGGUAGCGGUGAGGGUGGCGGUAAUGGCGGCGGCGUGGUAGCGUUGACCAACUGGAGUGCUAAUCUGACGAAGGAGGGACCAAACAGGGAAUGCACAAAUAUAGUCGCUGUGGACGAAUCAUCCUCUUCUCCUUCGUCUGAUCAGUCUGCUGAAUGGGGAGAGAAGAGCUCACGAAUGAGGAGCAGCAGGAUUCUCAGGAGGCUACUGAGAAGAGGCAGGCCAGAAUAUGUAACCACGCUGAGCAGAACAGAUAAUAUGGCCAGCAGGAGAGAAGGAAAAAGAAAUUUUUUAACAAGAAAAAAUAACAUUAUAAAAAUUUACAAUGUGUAUAGACUAUUCAAGAGUAAGUUGUAUUGCCAGUACUCCUCUCAUUUGUUCUGCAGCUACGUGAAGAACGUGCAUUUAUACAAGCAGCUGUUCGGGUUGUUAAAAAGUAACGUCCAUGUGGUGAGUAUGAGCUACUCUGAUUUUUACGAAAGAGUGCUGGUCCUAAUCGAUAAUAUACGUGUGAGUAAAGAAGACGAGGGGGUUGAAAAGAAAACCUUCGAACGAAACAGCCAUACCAUUCUUACCAAGUACAAUGAUGAAGAAACAUUUAUUAGUGUUAAUGUGGACCUGCUAAAGCAGAGGGUUAUGAAAUACAAACAUAUAUAUAACAGCCUGAAUAUUGUACAUGCGUGUUGCCACUUAGAGAGAGAACGGAGGCAGAGGACGAGACGCAGGCAGAGGAAGAGGCGAAGACAAAGGCAGACCAUGGUCCAGUGGGUCGUACCCUCAAAUGGGGACUCGACUAACACGGCAAGGAGGAGAAAGGUGACACAGUUGGCGGAACGGAUGAACAAAAGAAGAGUCACCUCACCUGAAAGGAACGCUGCACGUAUUGCCAAAUCGAAAAGUUUUGCCACCAAUAGGGCCCGCGCAUUGCUGUGUAGUGCCUACUACUUUUAUAAGAGGGGGAAGGACUCUCGGCGGGGCUCCUUAGACGCCACCAACUGCGGUGAUGCCACCAACUGCGACGACGAAGCUAACGCGGGUUAUGCCGCUAAUUGUGGUGACGACGCUAACCGCGACGACGCUGAGCUUGGCGCGCCGAGCCACCAAAUACACAACCUGGUGCAGUUCAUCGAGCAGAUAAAGAAGCAGAAGCUGCGCAAGAGGAGAGGGGACAUCAUAAGAAACCUGUCCAUUGAAAUCGCAAGUCUGAGUCUGACCCUGGACUACAAUUACUUCGUGAACGUCUUGCCUCUGUGCUACGAGUACGUGUGCAGGGAGUGGCGGCACUACAGUGUUAGCGGCUCUGAGGAGGGCUCGUCCGCAGGCGGGAGGGGCAAUCACAGCACCCGUGUCAGUUGUGCAGACGGCGUGGUGCAGGCGCUGCUGCGUGAAGCGGACAGCCUCCACAAAUUCGAACCCUUCGCCUACUCGCGCAGUCUGUACAUACCCACCAGCGAAAGAAAAAAAAACUUCCUCCUGUACAUAUAUAACCUGGACAUAAAAAAAACGAAGAUCUACAUUAACGUAAAUUAUUUGCUCAAGUUAUUGUUGACACAAAAUUUCCUUAUGAACAUAUCAGCCAUAAAAAUAAAAAAUAAAAAAAAAAAAAAAAUACAAUAUAUUUUUAAAAAAAUAAAAAAAAUAUAUUUUUACAAUUAUAUUAGCAUUUUUUUUUAUCUUCUUAAAAAUAUAAAUAUAUCAGAACAUUCAUCUUCCACGACGUUAAAUCUUUUGUCCUUUUUCGAAAGUUUUUUGAAGAACAACUUGCAGCUACUGAGUCCGUUGAAUAACUUGUAUAGCAUUGUCGUUACGUUGAAACACAAGUGUGAGCACCAGCUGGAGCAUAGCAGUAAAGCAGGCACGAGCAUUAACGGGGAUACAAAUUAUUCAUUAAAUAAACACAUUAAUCCUUUUUUCAAUUUCGAAGCGAAUCGGGGUCUUUUAAUUUCAUCAACACAUUAUGAAUAUUAUUCGCAACAGAGAGAAAACAGGACCAGUACUUAUUUGAAAAAUUUCUUCUCCUUUAGCCACCCAAGCUUCUUGUGGAAAAAUGUUUUUACAAGUCCCUUGUCGAAGGAGCACCAGCAGCGUAGCGGCACUGCCGUGCGCAGGACAAUCCUGGACAUGCUCAGCCAAGGAGUCCCCUUAGGAGUUGAUGGCCUCCUACAACGUCCUACUGAAUCAGCAAGUAGGGACAUCGCCCUGAAAAGUAAAUCGCACACCGCUGAAGGGGACGACAAACAGGUACGUGCACUUCAUCGGGUCCGCCGUGUCCCACGAGGAACCCUCCAAAGGGAGGCGGAACCAAGACACACGCAAGAGGAAACUAACAGGCCGAAGCAUAAAAAGAAGAAACUGAAAAGGAAAAAGAAAAGAGAGGUCCAAAAUAUAACCCACAUAUCGUUUACACACAACCUAAAUAUAAGGAAGUGA